AUGGCUGCCCAAGAGCUGGAGAAGGCCACAGGAAGUAGUCAUGAUGAUGCAACACCAUGUACAAAUGAUGUCAAACAAUUUGCAUCCCUGUUUCUGCCACCUCUUUACUCCUUGGUUCUGAUAUUUGGCCUGGUGAGCAAUGUGCUAGUUGUGCUGAUCCUGAUAAAAUACAAGAAGUUGAGAAGCAUGACUGACAUCUAUCUGCUGAUUCUGGCAAAUUCCGAUUUACUCUUUAUUCUUUCCCUGCCAUUUUGGGCUUACUAUGCAGCACACGAGUGGGAUUUUGGAAAUGCAAUGUGUAAAAUUCUUUCAGGGGUGUAUUAUGCUGGCUUCUACAGUGGAAACUUUUACAAAAUACUUUUGACAAUAGACAGAUAUCUGGCAAUUGUCCAUACAAUGUUUACUAUAAAAGUUAGGACAGUUACCUAUGACAUCCUCACAAGUGUAGUCAUUUGGGGUGUUGCAAUAUUAGCCUCUCUUCCAGGUUUAAUAUUUUACACUGUUCAAAAGGAAGGUGUUUAUUGGACCUGCAGCUCUCAUAAUCCGUCAGGCCAUGAAAGUAAAUGGAAGCAAUUCCUGAUUUUAAAGAGGAACAUCCUGGGACUUGUUGUUCCACUGGUCAUUAUGAUCUUCUGCUAUGCCAAGAUUAUAAAGACAUUCCUGAGAUGUAGGAAGGCGAAAAAACAUAAGGCAGUCGGGCUUAUUUUUAUCAUAAUGAAGAGGUAUAAAGUGACUUUAGCCAACCAGAGAAUCUAG